GGGGUGUAUUUUUUCUCCCAGUCAGCAGGAUGCGCUAUUUUUCUACGCUACUAUGGAGGGCUGCCAGUUGUAGAAUCACUAGCUAACAACAACAGAAAACCCCGGUCGGCAAACGUUCUAAUUGGAUCCUCCAAAAACGAGGACAGCCUGCUUCCAGCUGGGGUUCCCUGAUGCAGAUGGACAUGAGGGACGAACACUGACUUUUUGGAAGGGCUACAUUCCAACUCCUCCUCUUCACUCUCUAGUCCGGCAUCAUCCUCUGUCACGCUGGCAAUGUCAAGGGUCCCGAGUCCCCCUCCCCCCGCUGAGAUGUCCAGUGGGCCAGUUGCUGAGAGCUGGUGCUACACACAGAUCAAAGUGGUGAAGUUUUCCUACAUGUGGACCAUCAACAACUUCAGCUUCUGUCGAGAGGAGAUGGGCGAGGUCAUCAAGAGUUCCACCUUCUCUUCUGGGGCCAACGACAAACUGAAAUGGUGUUUGCGAGUGAAUCCCAAAGGCCUGGACGAGGAAAGCAAAGAUUACCUUUCUUUGUACCUCCUGCUGGUGAGCUGUCCCAAAGCGGAGGUGCGAGCAAAGUUCAAGUUCUCCAUCCUCAACGCCAAGGGAGAGGAGACCAAAGCCAUGGAAAGCCAGAGGGCAUAUCGCUUUGUCCAGGGAAAAGAUUGGGGUUUUAAAAAAUUCAUCCGGAGAGAUUUCCUCCUCGAUGAGGCAAAUGGACUUUUACCUGACGAUAAGCUGACACUCUUUUGUGAGGUGAGUGUUGUGCAGGACUCUGUCAACAUAUCUGGUCAGAACACCAUGAACAUGGUGAAGGUACCUGACUGCCGGCUAGCUGACGAGCUGGGUGGCCUCUGGGAGAACUCUCGCUUCACAGAUUGCUCCCUCUGUGUGGCUGGGCAGGAGUUUCAGGCACAUAAAGCCAUACUUGCAGCACGUUCGCCUGUAUUUAGCGCCAUGUUUGAGCACGAGAUGGAAGAAAGCAAAAAGAAUCGUGUGGAGAUCAACGACGUAGAGCCAGAAGUUUUCAAGGAAAUGAUGUGCUUCAUUUACACAGACAAGGCUCCAAACUUGGACAAGAUGGCUGACGACCUGCUUGCAGCAGCCGAUAAGUACGCUUUGGAGAGACUAAAGGUCAUGUGUGAAGACGCUCUGUGCACCAGUCUGUCCGUGGAAAACGCUGCUGAGAUCCUCAUCCUGGCCGAUCUGCACAGCGCCGACCAGCUCAAAACGCAGGCAGUCGAUUUCAUCAACUACCAUGCAGCAGAAGUGAUGGAAACAGCUGGUUGGAAGUCUAUGGUUGCAUCUCAUCCACACCUGGUGGCUGAAGCUUACCGCUCCUUGGCCUCCGCACAGUGCCCCUUCCUCGGACCCCCUCGUAAGCGCCUCAAACAGUCCUAACAGCCUCUCGCAAAGAGCAUCAAUACACACUCUUAUUCGCACACAUAUACACACACAGAAGCAGUAACACCCAAGUCUGCCCCUGCUCCCAGACACACAGGGAUAACCGUUCUCCUCGCUGUUACCUACAACACUACCUAGAGCCUCCCUGACCCUUCCCCUCCUGGCCCACCCAGAACCUGCUGUAUGUAGUCUUUUUAAAGAUGGAGGAAAGAAGAAGGAGGAGGAAAAGAAAGAAACCUGGGAUUGUGAAGUGGAUCUUUGCUGUUUACAAUAAAACCCGCCGCACCUUGUCCUCUAACUCCUCGGCUCUGGCUUAGUGAGUUCUGACGUUCUUCUCUUUCUCCGUGUGUCCUUGGAAGUCCCACUAGUUCCUACUUUGGAGUCUAUUUCCGAUGAAGAGCGGACACACAAACCCGGCCAUCACCAACUGGCUCAAAACUUUGAGUUUUUGAGUACAGGGCAAAGAUUUUUUAAAAAUGUCUGUUUUAUUAUAAAACAGGAAUCCAGUAAGCCCCUUCCAAACUAAAGGAACCACUGGCCUGUGAUUGAGGGCUUCAGUUACAAACUAGAAGCCUCACCCCAAGGAAGACAACCAAGGGCUAGUCAAGACGAAGACAUGGGAUGCAAAGAAAUAAACAAAACCUUCCCAUUAAAACUUGGAAAAGUUGCACUAAUGCCACAAAUCAGCCCUUGCCGACUCUUAACCAGCAGUACCUAGAAAUACUGUAGGCAAGCACACAAUGAAGCGAGCUUCAUGGACUUUUAAACCCAGCUGGACCACCACCACAAAGUUCCCUUUAAGAAGAUCUAUCAGCAAGUGACAAAAACCACACAUGUACGCCUGCAUAGAACUGUCCGAGCUUCACCUUGGUCCUUUUUACUUUCUUAGCUGGCAGGAAAAACGAAGCAUAAGUAAAGAGAAAAUAGUAACGCACAACUGGAUGUCGUUCUUGGGGGAAUUUGUGCUUGUGUGUCCUUACCCAUGAAGGGACAAGAAAAUGUCCAAACUACCCCAUCAGGAGAGGACGAAAACCUCCAGGAAGGGGUUCAGCCAGACAUGUCGAUGUUCUCAGAUUUCCUUCGUUUUCCCUCAGAGCCGUUUUAUUUUUGCUUCCAUAGGAACAUGUACAGACACUUGUGUUUUUGGAGCGAGAGCAUUUUCAGCUGUCAAACUGAAAGACCAGACAAGAUUUUUCUUUGCAGCCUAAAGACUAAAGGGAAAUGAAAUUGCAAUGAACACGUUUUAAUGUUCAGAAUAUAUCAAUUGUAGACAAAGUAAACGUCUUGAACCACAGAAUACAGUCAUUGUAAAAAGAAAGUACACCCUCUGUCAGUUCUUGGGUUUUAUUGUUUACCAGGUUCUGAAAUUAUUUAAACCAAACCAUUAUUUAUUUAACAAAUAUGAUGCCAAAAUGGAAAAGGUUUGUUAAUAUGAAUUAAAACCCAAUAAUGCUAAAUAUGUACAAAAUAAGUAAAACCCUAGAAUUUAAGGGGUUGUACUUUUUCUUGUAUUUUUUUUAAGUUUUUAACCCUGACUCUACAUUUGAAGUUAUCAUUUCAACCUGAUGGAAAAGGGUAAUGAUAGAAGGAACCGUUGUUUCUUUUCCUGUAGAUAUUUCUGAUUUUGAGAAGUGACACUUAGCUGUUGCCAUUUUUUGUUCCCAGAAAAAUAAACCACAACUAUUUUGUA